UCCAGUCGCAGUCGCCACCACAGCGGCCGCUGCCGGGCGUGGUGUCGGUUGGCUCGUUUCAGCGUCGGUGCCCGUGCCGUUGAACUGCGCGCCAUGGCUGAGCUAGAUCCGUUCGGCGCCCCCGCGCUGGGGAACGGGGUGGCCGGCGCCGGCGAAGAAGACCCGGCCGCGGCCUUCUUGGCGCAGCAGGAGAGCGAGAUUGCGGGCAUCGAGAACGACGAGGCCUUCGCCAUCCUGGACGGCGGCGCCCCCGGGCCCCAGCCGCACGGCGAGCCGCCAGGGUGUCCGGAUGCUGUUGAUGGAGUGAUGAAUGGUGAAUACUACCAGGAGAGUAAUGGUCCGACAGACAGUUAUGCAGCUAUUUCACAAGUGGAUCGAUUGCAGUCAGAGCCUGAAAGUAUCCGUAAAUGGAGAGAAGAGCAAACAGAGCGCUUGGAAGCCCUUGAUGCCAACUCUCGGAAGCAAGAAGCAGAGUGGAAAGAAAAAGCAAUAAAGGAGCUAGAAGAAUGGUAUGCGAGGCAGGACGAGCAGCUCCAGAAAACAAAAGCAAACAACAGGGCAGCAGAAGAAGCCUUUGUAAAUGACAUUGACGAGUCGUCCCCAGGCACUGAGUGGGAACGGGUGGCCCGGCUGUGUGACUUUAACCCCAAGUCCAGCAAGCAGGCUAAAGACGUCUCCCGCAUGCGCUCUGUCCUCAUCUCCCUCAAGCAGGCUCCCCUGGUGCACUGAAGAGCCACCUGUGGAAACACUACAUCUGCAAUAUCUUAAUCCUACUCAGUGAAGCUCUUCACAGUAAUUGGAUUAAUUAUGUUGAGUUCUUUUGGACCAAACCUUUUGUCUUUAGAGUUGAUCAUUGUUUGUGAUUGCAUGUUUCCUUUACCUGUGUUCUCCCUGGCAUUCAGAGGGGAGGGAGGGAGAGGCGCGGAGGAGUGGAGGGAAGCCUCCCACAUAGCCACACCUGUGCUUUUGUGCAUUAUUCUGAGAAUAAAUUUCUGUUUCAAACAACAAA